CACGCGUACACACCUCUCCGCCUCGUUAAUUAAUGAUUCACUGUUGAAGUCGACCUUCCUUCAUGACCAUAAACAAUAAACCCUGACUCCGCUGCUCAGUGUCCUCUGAGUCCUGAACGGAGCAGCACUCUUCCUCUGCACACAGGUGAGAACACUCCGCUGUUUCACACGUCAUCUGGAUUAUACACUGAUUAUUAUACAAUUAGUCUGUCAGACACUGAUGCUGGAUCAGUGGGAGUGGAAUGGAUAAUGGCCACGGCAAACUGUAAUCUGCGGUCUCCAUCCUCCUCUUCUCAUGAUGAAGUCAACCUGGGACCUUCAGCAAACCCACAUGCCAGGCCCACUGACUUUGACUUCCUGGCUGUCAUUGGAAAAGGGACCUUUGGAAAGGUCCUGCUCGCCAAGCUCAAAGCCGACAGCAAAUUCUACGCCGUCAAAGUGCUGCAGAAGAAAUUCAUCCUCAAGAAGAAAGAGCAAAAGAACAUUAUGGCAGAGAGAAAUGUGCUGCUGAAGAGUCUGAAACAUCCCUUUCUGGUUCGGCUCCACUUCUCCUUCCAAACCGCAGAGAAGCUCUACUUUGUCCUCGACUAUGUGAAUGGGGGAGAGCUCUUCUUCCACCUGCAGAGAGAGAGGUGUUUCUCAGAGCCCAGAGCCAGAUUCUAUGCGGCCGAGGUAGCGAGCGCCAUCGGCUAUCUUCAUUCCCUUAACAUCGUUUACAGAGAUCUGAAGCCGGAGAAUAUUCUCUUCGACUCUCAGGGCCAUGUGGUGCUGACAGAUUUUGGGCUGUGCAAAGAAGGAGUAGAGCCUGAGGGCACAACCUCGACCUUCUGUGGGACUCCAGAAUACCUGGCACCAGAGGUUCUUCGUAAGGAGGCGUACGACCGGACCGUGGACUGGUGGUGUCUGGGAGCAGUGAUCUAUGAGAUGAUCUACAGCCUGCCUCCUUUCUACAGCCGUGAUGUGGGUGAAAUGUAUGAUGGGAUCCUCCACAAGGCGCUGCCGCUGCCUCCUGGGAAGUCUGAGGCCGUCUGCUCUCUGCUUGAGGGGCUCCUGCAGAAAGACCAGCACAGGCGCCUCGGGGCCAUCGCCGACUUUUUAGAAAUAAAGAACCACGUCUUUUUUUCUCCGAUCAACUGGGACGACCUUGACCACAAGAGGAUCACUCCUCCUUACAACCCCAAUGUGAGAGGCCCAGCUGACACUCAGCACAUUGAUCCAGAGUUCACAAGAGAAAUGGUCUCUAACUCAGUGAGUCGGACCCCAGAGUUGAACGGCAGCAGCAGCUCCAACAACGCUUUCAAUGGGUUCUCCUUCGUCGCCACAGAGGACAGCUUUCUGUGAGGCGGCAGUCACCUUUUCAAACAUUAGAUUUUUUUAAAGGAGUGAUCAAACCUCUUUUGGGUCUCAUGUAAAUAAGAGCUCCUCCUGUAUGAUAGCAGAAAACUAACAUGGCAUCUAUCCUACGGCAUUGGUUCUCAUAAAUUGUUCCUCUUGAGGAUGUAGCAGAGAGGAAGCACAUCUGCAAUAGACAUUUUAAAUUGAUAUACUGCAUGUGUAAAACUUUGUACCUGGAGGUCCCAGGUCUUUUCUUAGAGAGAUAGCAAUAUUAACGUGUUAUGACUGGCUUGCAGGAAGAAGGAUAAUUUGUAAGAUGCAAUGCCAAUGGUCUCUACCCUCAUAAUUUGCAAUGUAAUUAAGAAUAUGUUUUAUAAAUCAUGUACAGACUUCGGAUUCUAUUUUCCAGAAAAGGGUGCAGAAGCAAACACAAGCUGAAUUUCCCAGGCACAAACAUAAAUGGUUGUGAACCAUAGGCAUUGGUGGAAACCAGGCACAACUACAAGAGGUGUGAUCCUCUGAAGGAUUAAAAUAUAAUAAAAAUUAAUGAGCAAAAUAUAAAUAAUGAAUGUGUCCUCCUUCGCGUCGAAAGGAGCCAGUUGAGGUGGUUCGGGCACCUAGUAAGGAUGCCACCUGGGCGCCUCCCUAGGGAGGUGUUCCAGGCACGUCCAGCUGGGAAGAGACCAAGGGGUAGACCUAGGACCAGGUGGAGGGAUUAUAUCUCUUCGCUGGCCUGGGAGCGCCUUGGGAUCCCCCAGUCAGAGCUGGUUGAUGUCGCCAGGGAAAGGAAAGUUUGGGCUCUCUGCUGGAACUGCUACCUCCGCGACCCGACCACGGAUAAGCGGGAGAAGAUGGAUGGAUGGAUGCAAUAUGUAGGUGAUUAGAUUUCACUGGGAAAAUAGCUUGCACAAACUGCAUUUUUUGUAUUGUUUUUAUAAAGUACAUAACUUUCCUUUCCACUUAUAACAAGAAGGAAGUGAUCCUCUUGUGCAAGGGGAGCCCCCUUUUUUUCAAAUGCAAGUCCCAAUGUAGUGUGCAAAUGUUUAUACUGUUGACGAAGGGUUUUCUGUAUUAUUACUGGGGAACUGGGAAAACAUUAUUUUAGAAUGUAGAUAGCAGACAGUGAUAUUUGUUUUGUUUCAUGAUCUAGCUAAUGUUCCGGUAAAAUGAUGUACUUUAGUAAAGUGAUUAUUAUUGAUGCAAA